GUCUAUAAAGUGUACAUUUCCAUUAUUGAGCUCUUUCUUCAUUAGGCUAUGCAAUUUAAGUGUUUAUCGUGAAAUGAUAAUAAAUACGUAGUUAUCAAACUCGAUAAUGAAAUCAGUGACAAAAUCAAUAAAAUUUUAUCAGUACUUUGAAUUACGAAAGAGCGAUCUCUACGAAACUGGAGUUGAAAUCAUUUCAAACGCAGCCAACCAUAAACAUUUGAAGUUUUACGGAACGUCCUGUUAUCGACGUUAUCUGUUGGCUCAAUUUCAAUGAGAUUACGAAGCGUAUAUGUGCGAGAAUUGUUAUUCCUUCUACAUAUCGGGAAAGACACAUUCUUCCGUUUUGCGUCAGUGCUGCAAAAAGAACGACAGAAGGAGGACAUAUUUUAACCGUGAAGUGAAGUGAAGAGCAGUGAAAUAUGUCUGGAAUGGCGAAUCAGGCAUUCGAAAAUAAUGAAUUAGACGUGUUGGAAAAUGGUCAUCGGAAAAGUGAACCUACAGCAAAUCAAGACGCAAAUUCUCAUCGCGAAUCACAAAUACGUUGGAAAAUCAGAGGCAACGCGAUCGACGCCUAUCUUUCGAAACACCGGAGGAUUUUCAAGAUCUUCGGCUUAACAAUUUUAAAUCUCUUUAUUGUAGCCUAUAUAAUCUGCGCGGGCGUAUAUUGGAAAAGUAAACUUUCAGAAAAUUCAUGCGAUCUUGAAUGGUGCGAUGGUUACGGUUUCCUGCUUAUAUUCGCAGGACUUAUUUAUCUCGGUCUAUUUUACUUCUUGAUCGUAAAACGAUAUUUUGGCAAGUACAUCGUACAAUGUUGUCGGCCAGUAACGAAUUCCCUGGAACGCUUACAAAGUACCAAAUACGGGACGUGCAUCGGAGGAACGAUCUUUUACCUGAUUAUACUAACAGCCAUCAUUAUUUUUCUCAUUCUCGAUACGGCAGAAUCAAGGUACAGGUUAAUUAGUAUCCUCGGUAUUAUCGUGAUACUGGGAUUAGGCUGGUUAUUUUCUAAACAUCCGACACAGAUUAAAUGGAGACCUGUUAUUUGUGGCCUGAUUUUACAAUUUCUACUUGGACUUAUUACACUUCGAUGGCCCAUCGGUCGCAGUAUUUUCCAAUGUAUCUCCAGGAAAGUAGCUACUUUCUUGGAUUACGCUAAAGCCGGCGCAAGCUUUGUAUUCUCAGAUGACAUAGUGAGCAAGGGAAUCUUCGCGUUCACCGUACCGCCCGUGAUCAUUUUCUUCAGUUUUGCAGUGCAAAUCAUGUCUUAUCUCGGCGCAAUACAAUGGAUAAUCAUGAAACUAGGAUGGAUUUUGCAAAGCAUAAUGGACACAACAUUAUGCGAGUCAUUAAGCGCCGCCGCUAAUCCUUUCAUCGGAAUGUCGGAAUCUCCCCUGCUAAUCCGACCGUACAUCAAUGAAUUGACCUACUCGGAGUUGCACGCGAUACUGAGCUCAGGAUUUUCCACAAUCUCUGGUUCGACAUUGGCCGCUUACAUAGCAUUCGGUGCAGAACCAGCUCAUUUAAUAACCGCCUCCGUAAUGUCUGCGCCGACUGCUUUAAGUUACUCCAAGCUCUUUUAUCCGGAAAUCGAAAAAAGUCUCACGAAAUUCGAAAAUAUCAAGCUUGAAAAAUCAUCGGACAACAGUAUUCUAGACGCCGCUACCAAUGGUGCAUUAGCUGCGCUACCAAUAGUUUUGGGUGUACUCGCGAAUAUCGUGGCUUUCGUAUCCUGCAUUGCGUUUUUAAAUGGGAUGCUCUCUUGGUUUGGUGCUCAGGUCGGUUACGAAGAACUGAGUCUCGAGAUUAUUUUGGCAAAAGUCUUUAUGCCACUGAGUUGGAUCAUGGGCGUUCCUUGGGAACAUUGCGAGGACGUAGGUACAUUGAUAGGUCUGAAGACGGUGGUCAAUGAAUUAAUCGCUUAUCAGAAAAUGGGCGAGUUUAAGAAGAAGGGCAGAAUAUUCGGGAGAUCGGAAGCGAUCGCCACAUACGCGAUCUGCGGUUUCGCGAAUCCAGGCUCGAUUGGCAUCCAGAUUGGCGUUUUUGCUUCUUUAGCGCCAGAGAACAAGGAGCGAGUAACGAAUGUCAUUUUACGAGCCUUCAUUGCUGGCAGCGCCGUCUGUUUCCUCACGGCCAGCAUCGCCGGUAUGCUAAUCGACGACAUUGCAUCACCAUCUUCUGCAAACGUUACUAUCGCAUCAACAAUUUUAAAUGUCACAUCAACGACACUCCUAUCUAAAUACUCCAUUUAGAUUGAGAGAUUGCGUUACAGCAAUCCCAUAACAG